AUGCCCAAGCAGGAGAAACGCAUCAGCGUUAGGAAGAAGCGAGCUAUCCGGUUCGGCCACAAAAUCGUCCGCGUCCAAGUUUCACGCGGCGAGGAGUUCACUGUCCCCGAAGACAUCAUAUGCAGCCGAUCCACAUUCUUCACGAAAAAGCUACAGCCGAAGCGCAAACCUCUCAAGAAAGACAGUGAAUGCGCGAUCUGCACGGAACCGCUCGAGCACGGUAUACAAGAGCUUACUUACUGCGCUACUCAUUGUGGUAACAACUUUCAUCAUAGAUGCAUUGAGAAGUGGAAGGCGGAGAAGCAGACAGCUCGUCAACCAGUCAACUGUCCUUUCUGUCGUCACAGCUGGUCGAAUGACACCGACGUCAUCACAGUACAUAAGUUUUCCGCCAUCGACGCUGAUGCCUUCGCAAUAUUUCUUGAGUGGCUUUACUAUGAUCAUAUCGCGGUUGAAGACCGGGCGGAUGAAGAUGGCAAAUUCUCUCUUGACACACAUGAACUUGUUAAGGCAUACGUUUUAGGUCUCAAACUAAAGAGCAAGAAGUUCUGUCGAGACGUUAUACAGGGAUUGGUUGAAGUUAGUAAAGAGAUUGAUGAAUAUCCGGGUCCGGACAGCAUCCGCCUCGCUUACGAUAAGACGGCCAAAGGAUCAUCACUGAGGUUGGUCUUGGUACAACUAUGGGCAGACACAGCGGAUGCUGCUUGGAUUGAGGACGAUGAGACAGACGAGUAUCCCGCAGAAUUCUUGAAGGAUUUGACAAUCGCUCUGUUGAGGAAGUAUCGUGGUAAACAGAAGUGGGAUCUAGAAAUGAUAAUAAAAGGUCAAACGGUGGAGGACUCUAUCUUAGUUGACGACUCAGAUGAGGACAAGUCGCGUGAAGACGAGGAUCAAGAAAUGGGGGACGGAGAAUAG